AUGUCAACCCCAAGCCUAAAGAUCCUCGUCAUCGGCGCCGGCAUAGGCGGUUUGACAGCCGCCAUCGCGCUGCGCCAGCAAGGCCACGAGGUCGAGGUCCUCGAACGGUCCCAUCUCGCGCGCGAAGUCGGCGCCGCGGUGCACCUCGCGCCCAACGCCACGGCGCCGCUGAACUCGCUCGGCAUCCACCCCGAGCGGUUCGGCGGCACCGCGUACGGCGGCGUGGCAGUGCGCAACGGCGGGGCGCCCGACGACGCCGCGGCGCUGACGGUACUGCGCGUCGCCGUCGACGACGAGGCCGAGAGGGCGCGCUCGUGGCAGGCCGGCUACUGGCUCGUCCACCGCGCCGACCUGCACGCCGCGCUCAGGCGGCGCGCGGGGUGUCGCGUCGAGGGCGUGGACUGCGCCGAGGCGGAGGUGCUGUGGGUGGCGGGCGGCGACGACGAUGCGGCGGCGACGAUGCGGGCGGAUGUGGUGGUCGCGGCGGAUGGAGUGCAUUCGGUGGUGAGGGAGGCGGUGGUGGGGAGGCGCGUGGCGACGAGGUCGUCGGGGAAGUGUUGCUAUCGAUGGCUGAUGCCGUAUGAGGCGCUUGUGGACGACGAGGAGUUGAGGAUGUUUGCAGAGGAACCGGGCGUGUUGACGGAGGUGUUGGGCGGGGAUCGGAGGAUCGUGUUUUAUCCCUGCUCGGGCGGGAGGUUGAUGAAUUUCGCGGCAUUUGUGCCAGUGGAGGAGGUGGGCGAGAUGCAGCCAGGCUGGAACCAAUCGGGCAACAAGGAAAAACUGCUCGAAUCCUUCUCUGGGUUCGCGCCUUCGGUCAGGAAGAUGCUGGGGAAGGCGCCGGAGGGCUCGGUGGCGGUGUGGGGCCUGUUGGAUAUGGAGGUGCUCCCCACGUGGGUCAAUGGGCGCGUGGCGCUGCUUGGUGAUGCGGCGCAUCCGUUCCUCCCCUACAUGGGCCAAGGAGCGGCGCAGGCGAUUGAAGACGCCGUCGCAUUGGCCACGACGCUGCCGUCCAGCACUGCAGUGGAAGACAUCCCCCGCCGCCUGCAGCUGUACGAGAAGAGCAGAAAGGAGCGAGCAGACUGGGUGCAGGAGGCCACUCGCGGCAGAGGCCAAGACGACAAAAAGCGUGAGCUCACGGAGGUAAAGUCGCUGAUAGCCCGUUGCAUCGAGCACAAUGCUCAAAGGCACGCUCUCGACGUUCUCCAGGCGGCUAGUUAG